CAUUAGAGCAACUGAGGACCUGUGAGGCCAACACUUUGCAAAUGUCGACCGAAAACGUAUCCUCAAUUCUUAGCUACGGGCUGAUCCAAGGCAUAUCCAGCUACAUGCAUUCCAACUAUGUGGCGACCGGCUUCAAACUCACGUGCAAAGAGGUCGCUGCCGCAUUGCGGGAGCGAUAUCACCGCAUCCAGCUGCGUGGCGAGCCGCGCACGCUCAAGCGAUUUGAUUCGAGUGAUAUUUCGAUUGCGAUAGCUGCUCAUCCCUGGCCCGGAGCUGCCUUUGUGGCGCACUGGGGCCGCCCCGAGCCCUGGCGCGCCCUGUCCCGCUGGCAGCGCCACCAGCUGCUGUGCCUUGCCGCGUCCAGCCACCACCCGCCCAGCCUGGACGCGGCCCUGGCGCAUUGCGGGACGGUUAUCGAAGCCGACGCGCUUGAGUCCGCAAUCACUGCGGGCGACCUGGCAGCUUGCCGGCGGCUGUUCGAGACGGAGGGCUGCGAUUGGGACCGCCAGCGGGUUCCGGAAGCGGCUGGUCAUUCCGGCAGUCUGCCCGUGUGCGAGUGGCUGGUGGACACAGUCCCAGGGCGUGCGCUCAACUUGCCCAACUACCUUCUUUCGGCAGCAUGCUACGCCGGUCAUGAGCAUGUGGUGGAGUGGGCGCUGCAGCGUACGGCUGGUGAGGAUGAUGACCAGCGCUGGUCUUUCGGCUGGAUGGCGGCCGCUGCGGCAGGCGGCCAGGUGCAGCUGCUGCGGCAGCUGGCGGCUCGCUUUCCUUUGGACCUGGAGGCGCCUGGGAAGGGGACCUACGUGCUGGACGCCGUGGCGUUCGGCUGCCCGCUGGCGGUGCUGCAGCAGUACUACGAACCGUUAGGCGGAUUGCUGUUGGAGGAAGCUGUGCAGGAUAAGCAGGUCCUCCUGCUCAGUGCCGCGGCCAGCCCCACGCCCGACUGGGCCGCCAAGUGCGACUGGCUGUGGGCGCAGUGGCGUGGUGCUGUCGGCGAGUGGGAUGAGGAAGAGUUGGACGUCAUGGAGCAGAUGGCUGAGCUCAUGCAGCGGCCGGACUUUCCACGGCGGCUGCAGCUGCUGGCGUCCCGCGGCCUGGGGGACCUGGUUAGAGACUUGGCACCAAAGGCGGCCGGCGUCAUCGGCAGCAUUGCGGCGGUGGAGUUCUGCCUCGACCAGCUGCCGGCGCUGCUGGCACGACACACGGCGGCGGCGGCUGGCGGUGGGCUGGCAGCGGCAGGCGGUGAUGGUGGCGCACAGCGGCCGGCGGAGGAGCAAGCAGUGAUGCAGGUCAUUGCUAUGGAAGCAGCUGGGCGCGGCCACGUCCCCGUGCUACGGCUGCUGCGGGAGCGGGGCCUCGAGGUUGGGGUUCACAUCAUUUUGCAAAUGCUGCACAGCGGGGCCUGGCCCUUGCCUGGGCGCCGCGAGCGCUUAGUAUCCCUGCGCAACCUCGUUCUGGAGGAGCCGGCGGGGGCCAUGGCGCAGGGCAGUGGUGCCGAGCACUGGUCGUCUGUGUUUCGGCGCGCGGCGGUCAUUGGCGCUGACCUGCCGCUGCUGCAGCACCUGCACCAGCAGCGCGGCGCGGCCAUCAACCUGGCGGCGGUGGCGGAGGGCGGCAGCGAGGAGGCGCUGGAGUGGGCGGUGGCGGCGCUGGAGGCAGCUGAGGGGCAGGCGCCGAAGCCGCUGCCCUUGAGCGCGUUUAAGUCCGUGUUAAAAAGCGGUAAUUGGGCGGCGGCGGACUGGCUGGUGCGCCGCGGCCUUGUGGCGGCGUCCAGGCAGCAGAUGCUGGAGAGCCUGGUGGUGGAGGCGGUGGGAUCGCCAGCCAGCAAGGCCCACUCGUGGAUCGCCCCGCUCCAGUGGCUGGUGGGGCGGCGGCGUGGGGCGGAGGCAGCCGACGGACAGCAGGACCCGCAGGGCCAGCAGGUGCGCUGGACGGCCGAGCUGCAUGCUGCCCUGGUGCAGCUGCGAGCUUUGUGCGAGUCCGGCCAGCCGUACGACGCCCCGCGCCGUGUGCAGUGGCUAGCGGGGCUGGUGGCGGAGGUGGGGGCGGCGCUGGGAGGGGCCGCCGGUGGCGCGUAGUUCAUCGCCUGGUUAGUUUGUGGGCUAUGAGCUUAUGAGCCAGCAGGCUGUGCACAGAGUAAGAUGUACGCCGUCAGGCUUGACGUGCUUGAAAAAACGCAACACGCACAAGCGAACAUGACGUUGUAGAGCCGUAGGCUUUUGGGGUGCGCUGGCACCGGCGGCUGGCGGGCAGGCAUGGCAUGGCCUUGGGGGUGUGGAGAGGAGCUCGCGUGGUGAUGGCGACACGAAACUACUGGGUCUAGCUCCGCAGUGGGAGUGGUGGAGUGGCUGCUGGCGGGCGGGGCGCUGUGCGCAUUGGGCGCAGACACGGAUGCAGUGGGGCGGCCGAGCUGCUGGGCAGGUGAUGCAAGCGGGGCGGGCGCGGGUAGGGGUGCGGAUACGACGGCACGGUAUGCAGGGCGCCUGGAAACACGUGUGGAAACACGGGGCGCAGCUCGUGCAGGAGCUGCGCCCCGUGUGUGUGUCACUGCCUGGAGGGUAUCAGUGCAUGUGCUGUCAGGCCUGUCACCGGCUGCCGCACUCAGCAGGGUACAGGUGUCCGUCACCGACCUGCAUGGCUGUAACCCGCGUGCAUA